CAGGGGGCGGCAUCGUCCUGGACUGCAGCUUUCGGUCUCGGUCCCCGCGUCUUUUCGGCCGCACGGCGAUCUCGGCUGUGGGCCGCGUCGGCCCGGUAUGGCGGCGUGGGGCCCGGUGGCGGCAGCGCCUCUGCUCCGCGGGAGCCGCGGGCAGAGACCAGCGCUAUGUCAUCUGGCAAUACCACAGACCUCCUCUUUGUUGUCACAGCUCCCACUUCUGCACUGUGUACAUCGAAUGUUUGCCUCCCAGACUGAGGGGGAGCUCAAUAUCACCCAUGUUCUCAAAGAAAAGUUUCCUCGAGCCACGGCUAUCAAAGUCACCGACAUUUCAGGAGGCUGUGGGGCAAUGUAUGAAAUUACAAUUGAAUCAGAAGAAUUUAAGGAGAAGAGGACUGUCCAACAACACCAGAUGGUCAAUCAGGCACUAAAAGAAGAAAUCAAGGGGAUGCACGGCCUGCGGAUAUUCACCUCUGUCCCCAAAUGCUGAUUAUACCUGGCUAUGACACUGUUGCCUGAACCCUUGAGUGCACUUUGCUGACAGCGAUAUUCCAGACAAUUCUUGUAAAAAUUAUCUAUUUUUGUUCAUAGACAUUUUCUAUAAUACAAUAAUAAGAGAUGUUAUCUAUUAAGAUGUUAAUUAAAGACCACAGAUACUUAAUGCUUAAAA